AUGAGUGUAGAGAUCGGUUGGAAGUGGCAGCAGCGGCAGCAGCAGCAGGCUCCGUUGGACCCCGGCGAGAGCGGCGAAGGGACGUCGUCGUGUGCGCUGCCCAGACGGAGCCGCUCAUUACCCCUGCUGGACGAGACACCCCCCCCCCCCUGUGAUGUGAUGAAUAAGUUUGAGGUCCUUGGCAUCGUCGGGGAAGGGGCGUAUGGAGUGGUGCUUAAGUGCCGGCAUAAGGAAACCAAUGAACUGGUGGCCAUCAAGAAGUUCAAGGACAGCGAAGAGAAUGAGGAGGUCAAGGAGACCACGCUCCGGGAGCUCAAGAUGCUGCGCACCCUGAAGCAGGACAACAUCGUGGAGCUGAAGGAGGCCUUCCGCCGUCGCGGGAAACUCUACCUCGUCUUCGAAUAUGUGGAGAGGAACAUGCUAGAACUCCUAGAGGAGCUACCCAAUGGGGCGCCCCCUGAUAAGGUCCGCAGCUAUAUCUACCAGCUCAUCAAGGCCAUCCACUGGUGUCACAAGAACGAGAUCGUCCACAGAGAUAUCAAGCCUGAAAACCUGCUCAUCAGCUCUGAGGAUGUCCUCAAACUCUGUGAUUUCGGCUUUGCUCGUAACCUGUCAGAAGGGACAGACGCCAACUACACUGAGUAUGUUGCAACAAGAUGGUACCGUUCUCCUGAACUGCUGCUCGGCGCCCCAUAUGGGAAGGCGGUGGACAUGUGGUCGGUGGGGUGCAUUCUGGGGGAGCUGAGCGACGGCCAGCCCCUGUUCCCUGGGGAGAGUGAGAUAGACCAGCUCUUCACCAUCCAGAAGGUUCUUGGGCCACUCCCCGCUGAGCAGAUGAAACUCUUCUACAACAACCCACGCUUCCAUGGAAUCAGGUUCCCCUCGGUGUCUCACCCCCAGACGUUGGAGAGAAGGUACCUGGCCAUCCUGAGUGGCCUCAUGUUGGACCUGAUGAAGAACUUGUUGCUGCUGACUCCGCCUGAGCGCUACCUGACGGAGCAGAGUCUGAACCACCCGGCCUUCCAGCCCCUCAGGCCGACGGAGAGACCUCCGCCCACCUCCCCGGUCCCGCCUCGCUCCUCAAAGAGGAAGACGCACCACCACGGGGAGAACACUGUCCCCACCAGGAAUCACGCUAAGAGCACCAGCCACCGGCACUCCAACAGUAAAGAAUGUUCCAGCCUCCCGCGCCACGGUGACCUGCACCACCUCAGCAACAGCAGCUUCCUGAACGGCAACAAGCCCCCCCCCACCAGCCUCAGCCCCACCCUCCACCCCAAGAGCCAGUACAUGUCCCAGACGCUGAACCGCUCGCCGGCCAGGAGCAAAGACCUGGCCAACAACAACCUGCCCCACCUCCUCAGCCCCAAGGAGCUCAAGGGGAAGAUCGAGUUCGACUUCAACCUGGGCCCCUCUUCCAAGCUGCCCGAGCAGGGGCCCCCUCCCGGGGCCAAGUACGGCCACGGGAAGUCCAGCUCCUCCCGGACCCAGCAGCAGCCGCCGCCGCAGCCACAACAGCCCCCGCCGCAGCUUCCCCAGCAGCCCCCCAACCGCAACCCCUUCCUGGAGGGCAAGACCAACACGCUGCAGAGCUCCGGAGCCGACAAGCAGCACGGCCGCGUCCCCCACAACAUGGCCGACUCGGCCCACGGAUCCAUGUCUUCCUCGUCCAAGAGCUCCGCGUCCUAUCUCAGCCUGUCCAAGAGCCACAGCGCCCUGAGCGACGCCAAGUCGGUGGGGAACCUCAGCGAGGGCCGGCUCCACCCGGACGACACGGGCUCCAACGCCGCCGCCGCCGCCGCCGCCGCCGUCGGGGUGGGCGUGGCCGUGCCGGGCGCCCGCUACUUCCCCUCCAGCUGCCUGGACCUGAACGCCCCCGCCGUGGGACCCCCGGCCCAGGGAACCCUGCCGGGGAGCCCCUCGGCACGGCACAGCGACCGGUCGGGACACAGCCCCGCGUCGCGCAGCGGGGGCAACGGGCGCAUGGAGAGCAGCACGCUGGACUCCUCGUCCAGACACAAGUCCAGACACAAAGCCAUGGCUCCAGAGGAGGCCAUAACCCCGGAGCUGCUGGACCCAGGAGGAGGAGGAGGAGGAGGAGGAGGAGGAGGAGGAGGAGGAGGAGGAGGAGGCGUGGCGGGGAUGCCCCCCAACCACACCCUGCCGUCCCCCCACGAGUCCUACCACUACGGGCUGGGCUACACCUCGCCCUUCUCCUCCCAGCAGCGCCCCCACCGCCACUCCAUGUACGUGCGGCGGGAACGCCAGCGGCCCCACGCCGCCGAGCCCACCAUGGGCACGCUGCCCCCCCCGGGCCAGGGCCUGGCCACCCGGGCCAGCAGCCUGCAGCUGCUGUCCCCCCAGCUGCACCACCGCACCGCGCUGGCCGGGCACUCCGUCAGCUCCUCCCGGGAGGACUGCAACGAUGACACCAUGACCCGGACUCAGCAGUCCCCUAAAGACAUGAGCCGCACUUGUGCGCCUCUCAAAGAUUCGGCGAGGGACAACGCAGUCACUGCUUUUCAUGUUCAGCGACCAAUAAACGAGGGGGGGAUGUAUCAUGACUACCACGGAGAUGACGGGGGUUCCUCCAAGGAGAACCGUAUGAUCUUCAGUGAGUCCAUGCCGCGCAGAGUCGGCAGCUUCUACAGAGUGCCCUCCCCCAGACCGGAUAACUCCUCCUCCUUCCACGAUGCCGUUGCCCAGGGCCGGGGUCCGGUCGUACCAGUUGUACCUGGGGACCCGGUUGCCAUGGUGAACCACUCUAAACGCCAGACUGCUUUUGACUGGUCUACGGCUGAAGCCAUGGUCAUGAAUCCUCCAGAGCCCGUCAAGGAGAAGGAGAAACAGGGCUUCUUCAGGGCCAUGAAGAAGAAAAAGAAGAAGACACAAAUGACGGACAUGGAAGAAGGGAGGAACCCCAGCAUCAGGAAGAGCCUGUUCCCCCUCUUUAGCUCUAAGAAUAGCCUAAAGCACAGCGCGGCGGCCAAAGCGCUGCCCGUAGUGGCGUCGCCCAUGGUACAACACCAGCCCAACGCAGCCUACCCCGCCUCUCCAGUCAGCGGUAACGGCCAGGAACACCUCUCCCUCCAGAGGGGCAGCAAGUCCUCGUCCCACCACAGCGGCCGCAGGAAAACCCGCGAGCGAUCCAGAGACCGCGACCGUGAACAGAGUCGAGACCGCGACCGGGAGAGGGAGAGGGAGCGGGAGAGAGAGAGGGACAGCAGGGGGAGAGAGAGGGAGAGGGUCGGGGAGUGGCCAACAGAGAAGCCCGUGGACUCCCACUCCCAGAGCCAACCGCUGAGGUCCCUCCGCCGGCUGCUCCACCUCUCCCCCUCCUCCACCCAGCCCCAGGUGCCUCCACCGCCUCCCCCAGACCUGCGUUUCCAGCAGACCCUCCCCAACCUCCCUGCCUCCUCCAAAGGGGGGUACCCCUCCGACGGCAGGGGCCACACAGACGGCAGGGGCCACCAGGACAGCAGGGGCUCUGGAGUCAGUAACUCUUCCCAGGCCAAGAGCCGCAAGCCCAGCUACCCCAUGCCGGGGCAGAUCGAGUCCAGCUGGCACGCGUCGGCCCUGCAACGGGCCGAGGGGGCGCAGUACACGCCGGAGCAGCUGGGCAUCAAACCCGGACAGAACGGACCCACGUUUACGCGCGCCUCCCGUCCCAGGAUGCCAAACCUCAACGACCUGAAAGAGACGGCACUGUGAAACGGCCGGACAUCCGCACACUUCGCUCCCUCUCUCCCGAUAUUUGAGUGUCUGUAGACGGCAGAGGCCUAGCUCGCUACGGCUAGCGUUUACAUCGCAGUGAACCUUGAGAUCCCUCAAGUCAACCGCUCAGAGAAGACAAAUAUCUCCAAAUAUUGUAUCUCCACACUUCAUUGUUUGAUGAGGGAGUAGUCCAGCGGGACUCUUAAGGUAAGGUAUGAAUGACAGUACAGUUUAUUCACCUCAGUGUUGCAGCAGUUUGUAUGUACUUAACUCUCUACAGAUAUUUAAUGGUGUUACAUCAGAGGACAAGGACAAGAUGGCGUGGAAUCUGCCCGUCUUCAGUCGGAGAGACACUGCCCAUUCUGGACUCUAUGCUGCCGUCUGCUGGUUCAUAACAGCUACUGCAGCGCAUCAGAGCUAAUGGUCUGAAGUGACCCAGAAAGUUGUGUGCGUGUGUGCGUGUGACUGUGUGCGAGCGUGCGUGUGUAUAUGUUUUUCAAAGUCAAAUAUUUGCUAAUAAGAAAGAAAAAU